CAAAGAAAAAAACUAACAAUUGGUGGUGUUUUGAUAUAACAAAAAAAAAAAAAGGAGAAAGAUGUCAAGAACAAAGAUUGUUUCUUUGGUUUUAUUUGUGGCUCUCGUGCUAUGUAUGGGAUUCAACAAAAUAGAUGGAGAAGGAAACAUUGCACCGUGGGCAUAUGAUAUGAACUCGAGAUGUUGUAGAGAACAUCGGCAUUUAGGAAGAUGUAUUCCAAAGAUCGAUGACAAUCCUGAAUAUGAUGGAAAAUGUUGGAAAUUUUGCGUUGAAGGAUGCGAAAAAGGAGGUUUUUGCAAACUUUUUGGACAUAAACAUGUAUGUCAUUGCUUUUGUUAA